ACCUUACCAGAGAACGAAAAGUUAAUAUUCAUAACGUAAGCAGUCGCCAUAGUAGGAUUAGUACAUUGGCGACCCGCCCUCCUUUCUUUAAAGUUUGAGCUGCACACCUACAAUCCAAAAGGACGCAGACGUGUAUUUGAGCUUGGAAUCUAUAUGUAGCCUACAAUCUUAUGGAAUAAUUUUAUCACUAUACAGGUGCAGUGUGUAGCCAUGGCUGCAUGGGUGGAGGCGACCACAAGGGAAAUGGGCCAAUUGCUCAUCAACUCAGACAAACCUUCAGUUUCAGCCUCUGCACUCCCUGGAGACACUGGGAAGCCAGCGUUGAGCCCAAAACCCCACCUCAUACCUAAACCAUUUGCCUUGCAAAGGAACGCCACCGUCCGCCCAAUCCGGGCCCCAAAAACCAACUUUAGCAGAGAGCUCCAUCGAGCUGCCUCUUCUGAAGCGCUUUUGGAUAUCAAAACACCUGGUGCUGGUGGUCUAAAUCCAUCUGAAUCCCUAAAAUCAGGGUCAAACGGCACAGUAAAUGGGUCUAAUCAAAUUGCAGCUCCUAAACCCGUCGCACUCAGCCCAAAACCUGACUUAUUGGCUAAGCUUAAAUCAGAACCCACUAAGAGUCCUGGUUCUAAUAACCAAACUGGUCCAAACUCAAAGCCUGGUGUGACCGCUGAAGAUGUGAAGGAUGUUCAGCCCAGGAGCAGAGCAAAAUCUUUGGGUUCUCAGGAUCAAAAGAUUCUCAACCAGAAGGUCCAAGAAGAAGCAGCCAAGACUGAAGCAGACGUCAAAGUGUCUUCACGAUGCUGGCCGCCUCGAAAUCGUCUCUCCGUUGAGCUGACCUCCAAGUUCGAGUCACAGUCUCAACCCGAGAAGGAGGUGAGGAGAGAUGCUGAAACCAGCAAGACGGAGAAAGAGUGGCCGCCACAUUCUCCUUCUGAGUGCAAGCCUUCAAAGCUUCCGGUGGAUACAGGAGAGAUGGGAGACGAGGACGUCUGCGGAGGCAGCAUUAAGAGACGGAUCAGCCUUCUCUUCGAUCGAUCUACAGCAGCUCAGCGCAGGGACACUUUCAACAAAAGAGACAAUCCAGCUGCCGAAAUAUCUGUUGAUAUUAAACAGAGAAUCCAGAACCUGAGCUUGGACGCGCCAAGGAUACGCUUGCCGUCCACUGGUGGUCCUAAAAGUCCACCAUCUGAGAAGACACUAAGCACCUCAGAUGAGACACCAAAUGAGAGAUCAUCUGAAAAACCUGCAGCGACAGAGAAGAUGCCUGUUGACAAACCGCCAAGUGCGGCAGAAAUCAAGAGCUCUGCUGCUAGUGUGGAGAAUGUAGAAGAGGAAGACCAUGAAGAUGAAGAGGAGGACUAUGUCCCUGUUCCUGUUUACCAAAGGGUUGCGAUGAGCCUAGAUGCGGACAAAGAGAAGGAAGAAGAAGAAAAACAGAGAAAAGAUGAGCAGUUAGAGAAAGAAAGACAACAGCGGGAAAGGGAAAGACAUUUGGAGGAGGAGAGGAAGGCAAGAGAAAUAGAGAGACAGAAAGAGGAGCAACGAAAACGUGCUGAGGAAGAGAGAAAACAGGAAGAGGAAAAGCAAAGACAGAUGGAAGAAAGGAGAAAGCAAGAAGAAGAACAAAAGAGAAGAAUUGAAGAGGAAAGAAAAGAGGAGGAGAGGAGGAGACAGGCCGAAAAAGAGAGGGAGAGGCAGAUUGAAGAGGAGAAGAGAAGGAUUGAAGAAGAAAAAGAGAGACUGAGAGAAGAAGAAAGACUAAAGAAAGAGAGAGAAAUGGAAGAAGAGAGGAGAAGAAUUCAGGAGUUGGAGAGACAGAGAGAGGAGGAAAGAUUGAGACAAGAACGAGAAAAACAAGAGAGGUUAAAGAAACAGAGAGAAAUGGAAGAAGAGAGAUUGAAAGAAGAGGAAAGACUGAGACAGGAACAAGAAAAGGAGAGACUAAAGAAAGAAAAAGAGAUGGAAGAAGAGAGGAGAAGAACUCAGGAGUUGGAGAGACAGAAAGAAGAGGACAGACUGAGACAAAAACAAGAAAAAGAAGAGAGGUUAAAGAAACAGAGAGAAAUGGAAGAAAGGAAACGAAUGGAAGAAGAGAGAUUGAAAGAAGAGGAAAUACUGAGAAAGGAACGAGAAAUGGAGAGAAUACGGAAAGAAAAAGAAAUGGAAGAAGAGAAACAAAGAAUUCAAGAGAUUGAAAGACAGAAAGUGGAGGAAAGAUUGAGAAAAGAACGAGAAAAAGAAGAGAUGUUAAAGAAACAGAGAGAAAUGGAAGAAAGGAAACGAAUGGAAGAAGAGAGAUUGAAAGAAGAGGAAAGAUUGAGACAAGAACGAGAAUUAGAGAGAAUGAGGAAAGAAAAAGAGAUGGAAGAAGAGAGAAAAAGAAUUCAAGAGAUUGAAAGACAGAAAGAGGAGGAAAGACUGAGAAAAGAACGAGAAUUAGAGAGAAUGAGGAAAGAAAAAGAGAUGGAAGAAGAGAGACAAAGAAUUCAAAGACAGAAAGAGGAGGAAAGACUGAGAAAAGAACGAGAAUUAGAGAGAAUGAGGAAAGAAAAGAGAUGGAAGAAGAGACAAAGAAUUCAAAGACAGAAAGAGGAGGAAAGACUGAGAAAAGAACGAGAAUUAGAGAGAAUGAGGAAAGAAAAAGAGAUGGAAGAAGAGAGAAAAAGAAUUCAAGAGAUUGAAAGACAGAAAGAGGAGGAAAGACUGAGAAAAGAACGAGAAUUAGAGAGAAUGAGGAAAGAAAAAGAGAUGGAAGAAGAGAGACAAAGAAUUCAAAGACAGAAAGAGGAGGAAAGAUUGAGACAAGAACGAGAAAUAGAGAGAAUGAGGAAAGAAAAAGAAAUGGAAGAAGAGAUUGAAAGAAGAGGAAAGACUGAGAAAAGAACGAGAAUUCGAGAGACUAAAGAAAGAGAGAGACUAAAGAGAGAGAGACUAAAGAAAGAGAGAGAAAUGGAAGAAGAGAUUGAAAGACAGAAAGAGGAGGAAAAACUGAGACAAGAACGAGAAUUCGAGAGACUAAAGAAAGAGAGAGACAAAGAAAGAGAGAGAAAUGGAAGAAGAGAGAUUGAAAGACAGAAAGUGGAGGAAAGAUUGAGAAAAGAACGAGAAUUCGAGAGACUAAAGAAAGAAAAAGAGAUGGAAGAAGAGAGGAGAAGAAUUCAGGAAUUGGAGAGAAGACAGAAAGAGGAGGAAAAACUGAGACAAGAACGAGAAUUCGAGAGACUAAAGAAAGAAAAAGAGAUGGAAGAAGAGAGGAGAAGCACUGAAAGACUGAAAGAAGAAAAACGGAGACAGGAACGAGUACAUGAGAUGGAGAUGGAAACGUGUGAAGCAGCAGAGAGAUUACGAGAGGAAGUUCCUACGAGUUAUGAUUUAAUAUCGUUUGACGCGGAGGAGCCGGCGGCGGCACAGACUCUCGUCUCCACCGUCUCGCCUCGGCUCACACAAGUGACUUACGAUGACUUUUCAGUCAAACCCCGAAGAUGGGGAACCAGGGCGAGACGUUCCUCGACUCCGUCUCCAUCCAGAGAAACUCCUGCUGCUCCUGACCACAGUCUACAGCCAGAAUCAAAGUCCAGUCGUCCUGGACCCCAAGAACCAAGCGGAGAUCAGGUGUCUGUGCAUGAUCUGAUCGGAUUUGGACCUGAAGCUUCCAGUCCGCACAACUCUACAGAAAGCAGAACGCACACAUAUUUAUUUGAGUCCAUACCAGGGGAUCUGCUGGAGCCAAAAACAGAUGAGGGUCAGUUGAAGGACGGCGAACCCGAGGAGGAUGGAGUUGCAGAAGAGAACACAGAGAAUCUAAUCGGGGAAACUGACGAACAAACUGAAAACAACGACACUGUUGAUGGUCACGCUACACAGAUCAGAAUCAAUCAAGCCUUGCAGAAACUGACUCAGGCCAGACGACGAAACACAUCUACUGAUUCAGACCCAGCAGACGUCCCAGUUCAGGAGGAGCCCGAACAGCUACCGGUUCUUGAGUCUGCAGCUCCUCUGUUGGACUCCAGUGUUUUCCGUGCGAAGGUUGCUCUGGGAAAGAAACGGAGCAUAAAGCGCACCAAACCCUCACGUGCUGUCCGACAGAGAGCCGCCCUGCCCGCUCUGACAGAGGGAACACAACCCAACUGGAGGUUUUGUGACUCCACAGAUGCGAAAGAUCAGUGUUCCAGUGGCACGGACUCUGAGUCAGAAGAGGAACCGUCCCGGGACGUCACGUCCUCUCCAGCCCCCAGCCAGCCCAAUAGAGUCCCUGUGUUUCCUGGGAUGGACCCUUCUGCCCUCAUGGCCCAGCUAAAGCGGAGAAGUGGAGUGAUAGAAACAGAAAGUCCAACAGAAGCACAGUCACCUCCGUCUGUCCCCUCACGCUCUCCGCGCACACCCAUCAAGGCCCUCGGCCCCAGAGUGCUGCCCCCUGUUGACGCCAAGGACAGUGGGUCCGGCUCUUCACCCUCCUGGCUGCUUGAACUCAAAUCCAAGAAGCGAAUGAGUCAACCUGAGAGUGAAGCGUGAAGCUGAGGUCCGAUGCGGUUUGUUAGGAGGAAGUCUUCUGCCACAAAGAUGCCAAAGAAACUGACUUAGAGAAAUGAUCUUUCAUUCUCAUACUGACAGACUAUUUCGAGUACGAGUCCUGGACUGAACUGUUUGGAGGCUUUGCCAAGAUGACGUCCUGUUAUGCACGUUUUUUAUUUUUACAUGAAAUCUGUCAUAAUUGUUUGGCAGCAUUACAGACGGUGUGCUUGAAAAGCACGUGCUGUUUACUCUCAGUCUUGAACCAAGUUAAUUUUACAGUUAUUUAAUUUUGUUUACAUUCAUUAAUCCAGCAGAUGUUUUUAUCCAAAGUGAGGUUGGUUUAUCCAUCGAGUUCCUUCAGUUUAAUCAGGGGCCUAAUGAUGGUGGAGAAACAGAAAUCAGUAUAGCUUCAAGCUACAAUGCACUUUAAAUGAGUCGGUUCACUGGAAAGGGUGCCUUAGGGCUCUUAGGCAUUAUAUUGCAUUUGAGUUUUUUUUUUUAUGUUUUUUUUUUUUCAAAUUUAAAUAUUGUGUUUCUAAACGUUUGUUAAAAAAAAAAAGUCUGAUCUUAAGAUGUUCAUUGCUAUAUGAAACUCCUUUUUCUUUUAAUUGUUUUGUUUAAGACCAGUUUAUAAACAUCAUUUGAUUUUGUUCACUUCUUUUAUUUUAUUUUUAAUCUUUUAUUUUCCAUAUUUUUGCUUUAAUUAAAGCUAUAUUGAGCAGAAAAGCAUCAGCCGAUGUGCUUGGAUCGGGCUGCUUAUCACUUGUAAAUUGCUGCUUGAGGAAAAUGUUUACCUGUUUAAUGUUGGGAAACGGGAGUUGUGUUUUAUAAAAUAUGAAUUAUAAAUUACAAUAAUCUUGAUUAAAUAUUUUUCUAAAUGGGAAGCAAGUUUGUUUUUGUAUAUAUUACUUUCUAAUGUGUGGAAGGACUGAGAUAUAAGAAGGUAUCAGUAGAGACAAGGAGAGAGCUAUGAAAACAGU